AUGAGCGCCCACCGCCCUCCGCGGCACGACGGCGCCGACGCCGCCGACAGCUGCCCCGCGGCGUUCUGGGCGCAGAAUGGCAGCGUCCCCACCGGUGCCGAGGCCGUCGUCGCCCCCCGGCCGGCGACCGCCGCGCCGCCGGUGCCCAAAAUGGGGGUGCGCGCCCGCAUCGCCGACUGGCCCCCCAAAAGAGAACCUGCUGCCGCCAGCCCGAGCCGAGAAGGGGGCCGGGAUGCGGCAUCCCCGCGGGGCGUCCCCGGCGGGCAGCAGCCGCCCCUCGGCGGCAGCGGCGGCGUUUCGGGGCUCAAAGCCCUGCACCGCCUGGCGCGGCGGCGCUCCAAGGACGUGGAGUUCCAGGAGGGGUGGCCGCGCUCGCCCGGCCGCGCUCUGGUCCCCCUGCGGCACCGCAGCAGCAGCGAGGUGACGCUGAGCGAGUGCGACCCCGAGGAGGCGGCGGAGGCGCGGGGGGCCAAGCUGGCGGGGGCCGGGGGGCUCUUCCGCGAGUACGGCAGCACGUCGUCCAUCGACGUGCAGGGGAUCUCGGAGCAGAGCUUCUUCGCCAUGCUCAACGAGUUCCGCAGCGGCGGCAAGACCUCGGCCAGCGCCGUGGCCUCCGCGGAGACCCCCCCCGGACCCUCCCCGGUGGCGGUGGUGGACGGCAGGACGGGGACGCCGCGGGACGAGCCGGCGGCGCAGCCCAAGGAGAAGGCGCGCAGGAAGGGUCCCAAGGGCGAUGCCGGGGGCGAAUCCAUCUUCAGGAAGCUGCGGAGCGGCCGAAACGAAGGGGAAGGAGGAGGCGGCGGUGAGGAGGCGAGGGCGGCCGAGCCGGGCAAGGCGUGGGUGUGCCGGCGGAGCUUCGCCCACUACGACGUGCAGAGCAUGCUCUUCGACCUCAACGCCGUGGCCGCCAACCGCGCCGUGGUGGCCCAGCGCCGGAACACCACCACGGGAGCUUCGGCGGCUUCGGCCGCCACCACGCGGCCCGGCGGGCCGGAUCCGGCCUUCGCCAGCACCGAGGACCUCAACGGCAAGGAGAACCUGGAGCACGACGUGGGGGACAACACCAGCAACGAGCUCCUGCUGAGCUGCCCCCAUUUCCGCAAUGAGAUCGGCGGCGGGGGCGAGCGCAACAUCAGCUUCUCCAGGGCUUCGGGAGGCUCGGCCGGCGGCGGCCCGGUGGGCGACGGCAGCUUCCCGGAGCCCGGCCUCGACGCCCGGCCCACCAACGCCGGCAUUUCGGUGCUGGAGGUGCCCAAGGAGCUGCAGAGGAACCCCAACCGGCUCAAGCACUACAGCGUCGAGCACGUGGACCUCGGCGCCCGCUACUACCGGGACCAUUUCCACGGGAAAGAGCACUCCAACUACUUCGGGGUGGACGAGAAGCUGGGCCCCGUGGCCGUCAGCAUCAAGCGGGAGAAGCUGGAGGACCACAAGGAGCACGGCCCCCAGUACCAGUACAGGAUCAUCUUCCGGACCAGCGAGCUCAUCACGCUGCGCGGCUCCAUCCUGGAGGACGCCACCCCCACCGCCACCAAGCACGGCACGGUGCGGGGCCUCCCGCUGAAGGACGCGCUGGAGUACGUCGUCCCCGAGCUCAACAUCCACUGCCUGCGCCUGGCCAUGAGCACCCCGAAGGUCACCGAGCAGCUCCUCAAGCUCGACGAGCAGGGGCUCUGCCGGCGGCACAAGGUGGGCAUCCUGUACUGCAAAGCCGGGCAGAGCUCGGAGGAGGAGAUGUACAACAACGAGGACGCGGGGCCGGCCUUCGAGGAGUUCCUCGCGCUGCUGGGGGAGAAGGUUUGCCUCAAGGCCUUCAGCAAGUACGCCGCGCAGCUGGACACCAAGACCGACUCGACGGGCACCCACUCGCUCUACACCACCUACCAGGACUACGAGAUCAUGUUCCACGUCUCCACCAUGCUGCCCUACACCCCCAACAACCGGCAGCAGCUGCUGAGGAAGAGGCACAUCGGGAACGACAUCGUGACCAUCAUCUUCCAAGAGCCCGGAGCCUUGCCCUUCACCCCCCAGAACGUCCGAUCGCACUUCCAGCACGUCUUCAUCAUCGUCCGAGCCCACAGCCCUUGCACCGAUAAUGUCUGCUAUAGCGUGGCCGUGACCAGGUCCAAAGACGUGCCCCCCUUCGGGCCCCCCAUCCCCACCGGCGUCACCUUCCGCAAGUCCGACGUCUUCCGAGACUUCUUGCUGGCCAAGGUGAUCAACGCGGAGAACGCCGCCCACAAGUCGGACAAGUUCCACACCAUGGCCACGCGCACGCGGCAGGAGUACCUCAAGGACCUGGCCGAGAACUGCGUCACCAACACGCCCAUCGACUCGGCCGGGAAGUUCAACCUCAUCUCCCUGGCCUCCAAGAAGAAGGAGAAGACGAAAGCCCGGGCGGGUGCUGAGCAGCACAGCGCCGGGGCCAUCGCCUGGCGUGUCUCCGCUCAAGACUUCGCCCGUGGAGCCGAGAUUGCUUGCGUCUUGGGCAUCUCCAACGAGUUCGUGGUGCUGCUCGACCUGGCCGCCAAGGAGGUGGUCUUCAACUGCUUCUGCGGGGACGUCAUCGGCUGGACCGCCGACGUCUCCACCCUCAAGAUCUUCUACGGCCGCGGCGACCACAUCUUCAUCCGGGCGGCUGAGGGCGGCCCCGAGGACGUCAAGGAGAUCGUGCAGAGGCUGAAGGUGACGACGGCGGGCUGCGAGACGGUGGACAUGACCCUGCGGCGCAACGGGCUGGGCCAGCUGGGCUUCCACGUCAAGUACGACGGCACGGUGGCCGAGGUGGAGGACUACGGCUUCGCCUGGCAGGCCGGCCUGCGGCAGGGCAGCCGCCUGGUGGAGAUCUGCAAGGUGGCCGUGGUGACGCUCAGCCACGACCAGAUGAUCGACCUGCUGCGCACCUCCGUCACCGUCAAGGUGGUCAUCAUCCCGCCCCACGAGGACGGGGCCCCGCGCAGGGGCUGGGCUGAAUCGGUGGAGCUGAGCAGCGCCGAGCCCAAGGGCGAAGCGGAGAGCGGGCGGCCGCCCUACCGCAGCAGCGCCGGCUGGCAGUGGAGCGGCCCGGCGUCCCACAACGCCGCCCCGGCCACCGGUGGCCACGGGCAAGCGCUCGCCAGGGCCACCAAGCAGCCGCCGGUGUCCUACCGCGAGGUGCAGCCCCUGCACGGCAAGAGACCCGUUAGCUUCCCCGAAAGCCCGCACCCCGCCGCGCCGGCGCCGGCCGGAGCCGAGCGGCCGCAGCCGUACCGGCAGCCCUCGGGAAGCUUCUCAACGCCCGGCACCACCACCGCCACCUACGCUCGCUAUAAACCCUCUCCGGAAAGGUACGCGGCCCCGCAGCGGGCGCUGGUGCCCUUCGAGCCCCACGGCGGCCACGACGUCCCCUCCAGCGGCGACUCGUCCUCGGGCGGGCUCAGCAGCCACGAGAGCACCAUGGAGAGGCACAAACCCGAGCCCCUGUGGCACGUGCCGGCGCCGUCCAGGCUCGGGGGCAAGCGGGCCGGCAGGCAGGAGGCGGCGGGCAAGGACUCGCCCAGCCGGCACCCGAAGCCCGACGCGCCGUACUCGAGCCACUCGAGCAGCAACACCCUGUCCAGCAACGCCUCCAGCAGCAGCCACAGCGACGAGCGCUGGUUCGACGGCCCCGACCCCCCCGAACCCGACCCGGACCCCCAGAUCUCCAAAGGGGGGGGCUCCAGCGACAGCGGCAUCGACGCCCCCCUCUACGCCCCCGGCCCCAAAUCCACGCGGCCGGCCCCGCAGCGGGACAAAACCCCAAAACCCUACGCCGAGGAGAAGCCGAGGGAGCCGUCGCCCACCGUCCCCAAAGGCUACCAGCGGCCCAAGGGCUGCUUGCCCCCCGCCUCCAGCCCCGACCCCUUCAAACAACCCAGCUCCCGGGGGGGCUACAAAGCGGCCACGGAGCCCCCCCGGCCCCCCGGCGCCCAACCCGGCUCCUUCCAGCUCUCCGCCUCGGUCCCCAAAUCCUUUUUCUCCAAGCAGCCGAGCAGGAGCAAGCACGGCGCGGGCUGGAAGCGAGGCGAAGAGCCCCCGGCGCGCCCCGCCGCCUUCUCGGACCCCAAAAAGCAGGUGGACGCGAGCACCAAGAACGUUUUCGGGCAGCCGCGGCUGCGGGCGUCGCUGCGGGACCUGCGCUCGCCCCGCAAGCCCUACAAAUCCACCAUCGAGGACGACCUCAAAAAACUCAUCAUCAUGGACAGCGCCGCGCCGGAGCCCGAGCGAGCUGCGUCGCCCCAAAAGGGGCUGCAGCGGACGCUGUCGGACGAGAGCCUCUGCGGUGGGCGCCGCGACGGUGCCGCCGCCUCCGAUCCGCCGUCGGCCGCCGCCGUCCUCUUCACCAGCACCUUCCCGUCCAGCACCCUCCCCGGGCGCCGGCAGCACCCGGCGGGCGCCGGCAGCCUCCCGGAGAAGAAAUCCACCAUCUCGGCCUCGGAGCUGGCGCUGGCCGCGCCGCUGCGCAGGAUGGAGCCCGGGCUGAUGCCGCUGCCGGACGCGGCGGCGGGGUUGGAGUGGGCCAGCCUGGUGAACGCCGCCAAAGCCUACGAAGUGCAGCGAGCCGUCUCCCUCUUCUCCCUCGCCGACCCCGAGCCCCAAAACGCCGCCCCGGAGCGCCCGCCGGCACCGCGCUGCAGCGAGGAGCCCCCCCUGGACCUCCCCGGGAAGGUUUUCCAGCUGGAGGCGAUGCUCAAGCAGCUCCACAGCGACCUGCAGAAGGAGAAGCAGGACAAGGUGGUGCUGCAGGCGGAGGUGGCGACGCUGCGGCAGAACAACCAGCGGCUGCAGGAGGAGUCGCAGACGGCCAGCGAGCAGCUGCGGCGCUUCGCCCGCUUCUUCGGCGCCGUCGACAAGAAGGAGCUCUAA